AUGUCGGCUGCAAUGGAUAGAGCUUUGAUGGCUCUGUCUUUGGAGGAAGAAGAUAAACCGUUUGACAUGCCGGAUCUGCCGGGGUUUUGUUCGAAUGAGAAGAAUAAGCUAAGUUUGGUGGGUAGAAUGUUAAAUCCAGAGUGUCAGAAGAUGUCUACUCUGAUCUGGAGAAUGCCCAGAAAGUGGUCAAAGGAAGGCAAAUGUCGAGGAGUGGCUCUGUCUCAGGAGCGGUUUCAGUUCUUCUUCGACCAUGAACAUGACCUGCUCGAUGUUUUGGAGAAGGGGGUCCAUACGUUUAAUGAGUGGGCUUUGGCGAUUGAGAGGUGGGUGGAAGAGCCACCGGAUGAUUAUCUGCAGUUUAUUUCUUUGUGGGUUCGUAUAAGCAACAUCCCGAUAAACUAUUACACAAAGGAAGCUAUUAUGGCGCUUGGUGACUUGGUUGGAGAAGUGAAGGAGUUUAUCUUCGACCCCACAAAGCCUCAGACACAACCUUACCAGAGGGUUCUAGUUAAGUUCAAUGUGGCGAACUCAUUGAAGAUGUCUAGAGUCAUAAACAUCAAAGGAGCUAAACCGGUGACCAUCCACUACAACUAUGAAAGGAUCCAGAAGAGGUGUUUCACCUGCUUCAGGCUUAACCAUGAGCAAAGUAGAUGUCCUUUGGUUGUGAAGAGAAGAAAAGAUGAAGCUUUUGCGAGGCGUCAAGCGAUCUCUAAGGAGUUGGAACUAAAAAAGGUUGUAUUACAUGAAGACGAUCCUCUCUAUGGGAUUCUCACUGAAGAUCAGGUGGGGACUGGUGCGGUGACAGGGAAGCCGAAAAUUGUGAAAGAAGUUCUGGAUGAGAUGAGACAGUACUUGAUGCUGGCAACAGAUGAGGAUCGGAUUAUUAGGGAAGAAAGAGUGAGAAGCUCGGUAGCAGCGAUGGAGCAAGACCCUAUGCUGCAGCGUACUGUUCUAAGACUCGAGGCUCCUCCUGUUAUUUCUCAAGAUUUUAAUAAAGGAAAAGGAGUGGUUUACAGCUAUGAGGAGCUUCGGAAACCGAAAGAGGGCAAGUUGCAGUCAGAGAAAUUUAUGGCAUCUGCAAUCAGAGCUGGUUCAGCAGGGCAGUGGAACGCUGGGAAUAUGGAUAGGACGUUAAGUGAUGAGGUGUACGUUGGCUAUAAUUUUAUGGCCACUACUGAAGGUUCAACGGUAUUUAGCACUGGUUCCUUAGAACCUUGUGCUUCGGCCGGGACCAAGAAGAAAGUGUACCAGCGAAGACGGCCCCCAAAAUCAAGGAGAAAGCCUAGACCUUUGUUGUUGGCUGAUAAGACGGAGGGGGUGAUGUGGGACAAAGCAGCAGAUAAGAGUGUUGUGGGGAGCAAAAAGAGAAAGGUACAGACUGAAGUUGGGGAACUUCUAGUUUCGGCGAAGUCUAAAACCCCAAAGGUGAUCCCAAGGGAGGGAUCGUCCAACGCUUAA